CGAGCGCACAUUUUUUUCCGGUGUCUCAUUUGUCGGCAAAGUAGACAGACUUCUUUUGAGAGGCCGGUCCCGUGCAUCACAAAGCUUGUCGAACACACGACAUUGGAAUCAAGCAACCAAAAUGAAGGUCCUCCAAAAAGAUGAGCAAAUGGCUGCUGAGAGUGUUCUGCUGAAACACCUGCCCGAGAGUUUUCCGGUCUAUGGAUACUUGCGUGCAAGUAACAGAAACAAACAAGCUAACGUACAAAUCGUUGUUGAUAUGUGGCCUGAUUUUAAGGUCAUCAUUUGUCGCCCUGACCCAGAAAACAAACCAGCCUCGGACUGGACAAAAAAUGUCUGCUUCUACUGCCUAGAUGAGCAGAUUUUGAGGAAAAUGUUAUUAGAAGAGGAUGUAAUCGACUGGAGUGCUGAUUUUACAUUUGAAUACUUUGAUCAUUCUCACACCGACGUGCUCAAAGAGGUUUCGACGCUAAGACAAGUCAGCCACACCUGUCUGCUUUCUGCAUAUCAACUAUACUUGCCAGAUAGUAGCCAUUUGGUCACACCGGCAUUCAACAGUGAUAUCCAAUCAAGGAUCUCAUCUCUCGAUCUUUCCCAUGCUCACAUGGUGAGUCAAACCUGGAAGUUUGAAGGGGAUGAAUUGAGCUACAAGAAAAUUGUAAGACAGAUCAGCAACUACCCUUCCUACUGCAUCACCGAUCACCAGGGUCAGCCUGUAUCAUGGCUGCUUCUACAUGAAAACCUGGCAUUGGGCAUGUUGUAUACUGUGCCUGAGCACAGACGAAAAGGUUACGCCACAGUCCUUGUCCACACCAUGGCCCAAAGGCUCCUCGCUGAGGGCUACCCAGUGUUCUGCUAUGUAGAGGAAGGCAACCUGUUCCCAUUUAAGCUGUUUAAAAGCUUGGGCUUUAUUGACGUUCCCUCUUACAGAGCGAUAUGGAAUGUAUUGAACACCUAAUUUUAAGAAGCAGUCUACAUAUGAUCAGAUAAACAAAACUUGUAUCACAGCUCAGUAAGUCACUCGCCUUUCACAAAACAAACCAGCAGCUUUUAUGUGAUUUAUUUCUGGUCGAUGGCUUUGUGUUGUGGUGUGUGCUUAAUCGACUGCUUGAUUAUUUGAUUUGAAAAGGAUUACAUUCCGUGAACAAUUAACCUUAUUCUAUUAAUCUGACCGCUUACGUUGCAAUUGACACUUUUACCGUUUAGCCGGAGACAAUAUAAAGGAAAUCAAAUAACGACAUAAGCUCUUGAUAUGAAGAAAUUCUUGCCAUUACAUUUAGGCAAGGUUAGGUAAUUGUUCUUCUUGAACACUGUUAAAAUGCCUGAACUGUUUAAUUUUUGUAUAUAAAAUAUUUAUCCAGUC